GGACGUAUCUGUAGAAAAGCCGGCAAAUCGAAAAAGUCCUUCAGUCGCAAGGAGGCUGAAGCCACCUUUAAGAGUUUGGUGAAGACUCAUGAAAAAUAUGGUUGGGUCACCCCGCCCGUCUCUGAUGGCUGAUGUUUGCGACGUGCAUUAGACGCUCGCGCCGCCUGUCCUCACACCCCGGCACCCUGACAUCUCCUCCUCCACGCUGUGCAUCCUCCACCCUUCUGUACUCCAGCCGGAACUGCACCCUGAAUGCCAAGGAGACGUUUAAGUUAUUUAUGAACAGAUGUGUUUACAGAGAGAGGACGCAGACGCCGUUCAGGGCCAGGUUUCGGUUAGAAGUGACUGACCUUCUCCACGUCGCUCUAGAACACAUGUGGAGAUGGAGAGGUUCCUGGCCCGCCUACCCCUCCGCCCACCCCGUCUCACUGCCCUUAGCUUCUGUCCAUGACAGCAGCUCCGAUGAGCCGGCAGGACACUCGGCCGCUCCCUCCGUUCGGUGCGAACGGCGCUGCCCAUGUGAUGAGAUCGCCGAGCGCCCCACGCCGCAGCUCCGUUCGCUGUGCUCUGUCCCUCUCUACCUGGCAGGUCGACGUAACCUGAAGACGUGUCUCUCUGUGGCCCGUGGUCUGCUGUGACGACAUUUAGGCCUCAUCCGUGCUAUGACUUUUGGCUCAUGGAAACACAGUUCACAUUGCCAGGUUCUAGCGACUGAAAACUACAACUGCCCACUCGGUUGAAACGUGCUCUCUCUGCUGAUUUCAUGGUGUGCUGCUGUCCACAGAUCAACCAGUGCCAUUAGACUAAAGGUGGGGACAUGGGGCCACCGGGGCGGAGCACGGUGCACCUGCGCGUGAGCCGACAGUCUGUGCCAGCCUCGGGAAGUGCCCACCGCAGGGCGUUCGUGCUCCUCUCUUCUCUCCACCACCGGAAGCUAAAGACAAUGUCCCAUUUGCCGCGGCCAUCUGACUCAUCUCACUCUCCGUGCUAGUGACAGGGAAGGCCAGAACUGCCAGAGGACACCAAGUGACCGUACGAUGAUUUGCAUGACCGGGUCUGUUCCUUCACCCAGUAGUCACUCGCGUGUCCCCCGAGGUCGGGAUGCUGUGUCACUUCCUGUUAUUUAAUCUCCUCACACUUUCAUUUUUCCCUCUGUUAAGUUACAUAGAACUUUCUAAGAAACUCCAUGAAAUGAGGAACUACUGUUUAUAAUAAUCUGCGGAAGGAGGUAAAAUGUUCAUUCCAAGUGGAAAAUCUUAUUGGACACAUUUUAAAUAAAAUCAUGCAUACCAGAUACACUGCCUCGAGGACCGAGUCAUUAUGGGCUC